GGUGGGGGCGGGGCUAUCCGAUCACGUGACGCUCCCGGCGUGCACCGCGUGCAAGGUGGAGCAACAUGGCCGUCGCCGCUGGGCUCCGCGUGUUUGGCCUGGGCCGCCGUCUUCUCCCCGCGAUGGCGCGGCCCUCGCCCAGCCUUUUGCGUCGCAGGGAUAUGGCGCUGCGUGGAUUAUGCGUGGCAUCGCAACAGCAGAACAAGAACAGCACGGAACAACAGUCGAGCGGAGACGCGCCGUCAGGGAGGGUAGAGGAAACAGCAGCCGGAGACAAGACCGCGCAGGAGAUCGCCGCCCUCGAGGAGAAAACCAAGCUCGAAGAGCAAGUCAAAGAUCUGACGGAUCGCUAUAAGCGUGCACUGGCGGACACUGAAAAUGUGCGACGACGGAGCCAAAAGAUGAUCGAAGAUGGCAAGAUAUUCGGCAUUCAAAGUUUCUGCAAGGACUUGCUUGAAGUUGCAGACAUCCUUCAGAAGGCAACGGAGAGUGUUCCCAAGGAAGAGCUAAAUGACGCCAACCCACAUCUGAAGAGUUUAUACGAAGGUCUGAUUCUCACCGAGAGCCAGCUGCAGAAAGUGUUCACCAAGCAUGGGCUGGUUCCUCUAAACCCCAUUGAUGCCAAGUUUGACCCUUAUGAGCACGAGGCGCUCUUCCAGGUGCCCAUGGAAGGCAAGAAUCCUGGCACGGUUGGCGUAGUUACCAAGAUCGGUUACAAGCUGCACACUCGCAUUGUUAGGCCAGCCAUCGUCGGUGUUGUCAAAGGACCCUGAUUGUUUGACUCCCAUUUCCUCUAUUUUUUGGGAUGGUCUUGGUGCGCUUUCCCCAAUACCACAUUUGUGGCUAUAAUCAUUUACAGCCCUUUGAUCAUUCCACUGCUGAAUUUAUUUAUUUAAAAUAAAGCUUCCAAGUACCUUCUAUCAAUCUUACUUAUUUGUGUCGUACACUUUAUUAUAAAUAUCCAAUUUUGAGGCAGUUUUUUUUCUACCCAAAAUGAAAAACAAAAAUUUGCCAGUGUGUAACGAUAUACCUAUGGGUGUACCUCGAUAUAUGUUCAGUUUGCGUUCUUGAAAACAUGAAUGUAAAGUGAAAAAUUGUAUACUGAACAUUUUUACCAUCAGGUCUCAUUAUAUAACCCUAGUUACGUUCCUAAUAAAUAAUGUUCUGACCUAAAACCUACAAAAAAUAACACUUGUAAAUACAAAUAACAUUUUCAUGCCUAAAUAUGAUGAAUAAUAACUAAACAGCUCAGGAAAACACUUUACAGUUAUCCCUCGAUUUGUGUAAAACAAUUACGUGAAUUGGAAUGGCUUUUCCCAUUUAAUUAGAAAAUUUAGGGAUGUGUUUUGGACAGUCAUUCCAACUCUACUCCUAACCUAAAAAUAUACACCGAUGUCACUUUUCACAAAAUAAAAAUAGUGAGGAACAAAUACAAAUUAUUUAAUUUAAAAAAAAUACCUUUUCAGGGAACUCGCCAUAACACCUGCACAGAAUGACUGGAAAGGUGCCGUUGAGGCGUUGUAUUGUAGGGAUACUGUGACACUGUUGCGGAUGGAUGAAGCAGUCUCCUGGGGUGCUGUAUUGGGAUCUCACGGCACGUGCCGUGUGAAAUUCAGUUCACACGGAAAUUCGAUUUCAUUAAUGGACAAUUAUCCAUACCGUCAAUUGCAUUAAGGCGAAAUUUCGUAAACUGAACGUUCGUAAAUCGAGAGAUACAUGAAAACUGCAAUUUACGAACCAGAAACUGGUGCAGGUCGUAUAGGUGUUGGGUUACCGGAAGGGUGAGGGAGAGGCAGUCGGAGUGUCUGCCUCCCCUUUUGGGUCAAACGUAAACACGGAACAAAGGAGACAAACCAAAAAAAGUGUAAAUUUAUUAAACUCAACGAAUCGUAAAUCAAAGUAUAUCGGGGUACACCUAUACAUUCUAUAACUUAAAUCUUAUUUCAAAAGCAAUAACCUAAAUUCCAUACAAUAGUUUUAUUUAAAUCUUAAAGUGUCACUGCCACUCGGUAUUCACGGUUUACACUGAUCAUAAAUUAAUGCACAUACACUGUUACAAGUGUAUAUUUCAACCAUAUUUGUGUUACAUGUACGUGUAACCUUUGCAGUUAUACACUUAACUGAUUCUAUUUAACAUGUAUGUUUUUGCAGUGGCUUAUUUAGUGCUGCGGGCAUCUUCAGGAGUUGAAAAAAAUGUUUUUCUUCAUUCAACUAACGAAGUUGUCAGCAGCAAAAGCACUUGGAUUAAUUGAUUCAAGUUAGUAAACAAGCUUUAUGCUGUUGAUGUACAUUAUACAUGUAUAAUUAUAUACUUAUUUGAUUUAGGGUUCUGUAGUAAGAAUAUAAUUUCCGGUUAUAUGCCCUGCAUUAAAAUGUUGAUAUUG